CUGCUGGAGCGCUUCGCGGUUUGCUGCACCUCAGAGACGCAAGAGUGGAGCGUUUUCGGCAGCCGUUUACCGGGCCGUUUCUGUCCGUUACCGACGCCAUGGACACGCCGAGGAUCUGAAGUGCUUGAGGACCGACGUCCUUUCUGAUGGAUUUAUUCUGAGAUUGAGUGCAGUUGGAUGGCAUGCAGUAUCUCCAAGAGAUUAUGGCACACUGUGGCCAGUUCAUGAGUCUCAACAAUGGAAGAGUGACCAGAGUAUGAUGCCACAAAUAAAAAUGCAGUUUAGCCAUGCCUCCAUUGCUGAUCCCCAUCAAGGACACUCAAUUUUUACUGCUGUCUGGGACUCGCCCUCUUCUCUUGGAUAGAUUCAAUUUCAACAUACAUCAUACAGCAUGCAAGACCAUAUUGUUUAUGGAUGAUAUCAUUCUGUCACGAGAAAGAUGAAAUUUCCUUUUAUCAGGAGUCCCAAUUAAAACAAGGACACAUAAGUUACGAACUCCAGAAAGGGGUAAAACUGAAAGUGUGUACAAUACAGAUGAGGUUGCAUUAUGGCAGCUGAAUCUCCUCAACGGCUGCAUUCACGUAUCUGGUACGGAGGAGAGUGAUAGUUGCACGAUGCAGCGAAGCGGAGGCAUCGUCGGGAACAGCGGCCAGCCAUGGGUACUGCGGCGAGUACGGCUCACCUGGCUCAGUUUCAUGCUCUUCUUCAUCCUGGUCUUUUUCCCUCUCAUUGCACAUUACUACCUCACCACAAUUGAUGAAGCAGGGGGACCAGAUAAACGCAUUUUUGGGCCAAGACCUGGAGGAGAGCUGUGUGAAGCGAAGCAUGUUCAAGACCUGUGUCGUAUCCGGGAAUCCGUCAGCGAGGAGCUACUUCAGCUUGAGGCAAAGCGACAAGAACUCAAUGGCGAGAUAGCCCGACUUAACCUACGCAUCGAGGCCUGUAAACGUAGUAUUGACAGUGCCAAACAGGACUUGUUACAACUCAAAAAUGUCAUCAGCCAGACAGAGCACUCUUACAAGGAACUUAUGGCACAAAACCAGCCAAAACUGUCAUUGCCAGUUAGACUUUUACCAGACAAGGAUGAUCCUGGAUACCCUCCUCCGAAAUCGGCCCAAAACUGUCGUUUGCAUACUUGUUUUGAUUAUGCUAGAUGUCCACUUACAUCUGGCUUCCCUGUCUAUGUUUAUGACACAGGGUCUUAUCCUUGGGGUGAGAAGUUGGACCCUCUUGUCAAACAAGGCUUUGCCUCAUCCGUCAAAAGCAGUGUAUAUGUGACAGAUAAUCCAAACAUUGCUUGUCUGUACAUAGUGCUCGUUGGGGAAAUACAAGAAUCACCCUCCUCUCCUCCCGCCUCGCCUUUAGACCUUGAAAAGCAGCUCAAGGUUUUGCCAUAUUGGAGGUUGGAUGGCCACAACCAUCUACUUGUACACCUUUCAAGAAAGUCUCUGACACAGAACUUCCUGUACAAUGUGAGCACAGGCCGAGCAGCAGUGGCACAGUCUACCUUUUUUGAACAUCAAUAUAGGGAAGGUUUCGACAUGGUGGUGUCUCCACUAGUCCAUGCUCUGUCUGAGCCCAACUUCCUUGAGGUCCCUCCGCAAGUCCCGGUCAAGAGGAAGUACCUCUUCACCUUUCAGGGAGAAAAGGUUGAGUCUUUGAGGAGCAGCUUGCUUGAAGCCCCACCGCAGUCCUUCGAGGAGGAAAUGGAGGGUGAUCCACCAGCUGACUAUGAUGACCGCAUUAUUGGCACACUUAAGGCUGUACAGGACAGUCACCUAGACCAGGUUCUUGUGGAGUUCACUUGCAAGAAUCAGCCCAAGCCGAGUUUACCAACAGAGUGGGCGUUGUGUGGCGAGCGUGAGGAUCGUUUAGAAGUACUGAAGGUCUCUACGUUUGCCUUGGUGAUAUCUCCAGGCGAUGUCCAGUUGGUGGCAUCUGCUGGCUGUAGCAUGAGACUUUUUGAGGCUUUGGAAGUUGGGGUAAUACCGGUGGUGCUUGGCGACCACUCAAAGUUGCCCUACCAUCACCUUAUACGCUGGAGUGAGGCAGUCAUUAUGGUACCCAAGCCUCGCAUAACGGAGCUGCACUUUCUGUUGCGUAGCAUCUCAGACAAUGACCUUCUGGCCAUGCGACGGCAGGGUCGGCUUCUUUGGGAGACGUACUUCUCCACCUCAGAGAGCAUCUUCAGCACCAUCCUGGCUAGCGUACGAACCAGCAUCCAGAUACCAGCAGCACCUAUACGUGAGGAGCCUGCCCAGGAGAUUCCCCACAAAGCUGGGAAGUUGGCAGGAACCGAUGCUAACAUGGCUGACAAUGGCGACCUAGAUCUGGGGCCUGUUGAAGUAGAGCCCCCUUAUGCUUCGCCCCGCUUCUUGCGUAACUUCACCUACACAGCUGCUGAUGUCUACCGCACCUGGAAUCGUGCACCUGGCCCUUUCCAUCUAUUUCCACAUACUCCCCUGGACCCCGUACUUCCCUCAGAAGCCAAGUUUCUAGGGUCGGGGACUGGGUUCCGCCCUAUCGGCGGAGGUUCUGGGGGAUCUGGUAAAGAGUUUCAGGCCGCUCUAGGAGGUAACGUCCCACGGGAGCAGUUCACUGUGGUCAUGCUUACUUAUGAAAGGGAGGAGGUUCUUAUGAACUCACUGGAGAGACUAAAUGGCCUUCCUUAUCUUAACAAAGUGGUGGUAGUGUGGAAUUCCCCCAAACCACCUUCCGAUGAUCUCCUCUGGCCAGACAUUGGUCUACCAAUUGUGGUGGUACGCACAGAAAAGAACAGCUUAAACAAUCGCUUCCUUCCCUGGGAUGCAGUCGAGACUGAGGCUAUUUUGUCUAUUGACGAUGAUGCCCAUCUUCGACACGAUGAAAUUAUGUUUGGGUUCAGGGUGUGGCGGGAGGCCAGAGACCGGAUUGUGGGAUUCCCAGGAAGGUUCCAUGCCUGGGAUGUAAAUCACCAGUCUUGGCUCUACAAUUCCAACUACUCCUGCGAGCUCUCCAUGGUGCUGACGGGUGCAGCCUUCUUCCACAAGUAUUACGCGUACCUCUAUUCAUACGUCAUGCCUCAAGCCAUACGUGACAUGGUGGACGAGUACAUCAACUGUGAGGAUAUCGCCAUGAACUUCCUCGUGUCUCAUAUCACUCGCAAACCCCCCAUCAAGGUGACAUCACGUUGGACCUUCCGCUGUCCCGGCUGUCCACAGGCUCUUUCGCAUGACGAUUCACACUUCCACGAGCGUCACAAGUGCAUCAACUUCUUUGUAAAAGUCUAUGGAUACAUGCCGCUGUUAUACACUCAGUUCAGAGUGGACUCGGUACUCUUCAAGACGCGGUUGCCCCACGACAAGACGAAGUGCUUUAAAUUCAUUUAGCGGAUCGGGGAACUGUAAAGCACAGACGGAGCGCGGACGCGGGACGGUCUCUCUGGGAACGUGAAGGGAACUAAAGCUUUCUUGUAAAUAUCAGAGAAUUUUAGAAGUCAAGGGAGAACAAUUAGAGACGAGCGAUUACCGUCAGGCGUUUUUAACGCUGUGCGUGAUUCAUCAGCAGCCACUACAGAUUUUAUUUGCACCACUUUUCAUGGGACGUCUGGGACAGCGAAGUCAAACGAUAUACUGACUGAACAUACAGUUAUGGACCGAUGGAGGCUGCUUUUGAUGACAUAUUUUGGAGAAUUAUGGGAGAGUCGGAAGUGUGUAAAUGAUACGUGUUAUUUUUACUUUGCAUAUACUCGUUUGAAACGCACUGAUGGUCAUGUUUUGUUUUGUUUUGUUUUUUUCUUGUGUGCUUUUGUGCACGUGUGAAUGGCUGCGUGUGUUGUUCUGUAGGUUGACGGUGACUAAGCGUCAUUAAACCCCGUCAAAUGUUUGUUGAUCAUCAGUAAGAAUAGCACAAGAUAUCAAACAUAACUGCAUCGGAAUAGCACCAAAUCAAGCUGUUACACGUUCUCAUGUCUGUCACAAUCAUACAAGAAAACAAAAAGUCUGUUUGUAACCUGUUCAGUACACUUGUGGAAUAACCGAUCCAUCUUAACGCCUUUUGCUGGAUAAUCACGUCUGUUUGUGGCGACUGGCUCGUGUGUUGUCAUUUUAAUAAGGUUGAAUGAUUUCAUAGGUGAAAAUUGAAAAAAUAAAUAUCCAGGUCAUAUUUAAUCAUAUUUUACACAAGGAAAAAGGACAUUUUUGUCAAAUGUGACAAUUUUCAUGAAUUACAGCACCCAAAUUCUCAUUUCGUAAUGCAAAAAUACAUAAUUA